GACUUAACCCACCUUUGACAGCUAGAGAGCCUUCAGUCUUUCAAUCAGUGUGUUCGGUUGGAUGGAGUGGAGAUGUGGAAGUUGCGUGUGUAUGUGAUUUUUAAAUGGAAACUUCGACAAAAUCAUGCAUUGUAAACAUUUUGGUUUAAAACGGACCGAAGACGAUGAAAACAUCGUGUAUUUAAGGAUUAUACUUCACAAUGUUGAUUGUCGCUCUUAAUCUGGAAGAAAUCCGGUGUGCAACAAGUAAAAUAAUUUUUCCUUUCUUUGCACUUAAUGUUUGAGAAGGGUAAGAGUUUACACUGAAACCUACAGUAUGGAUGGUAUUGUGGAAUACCUAAAAAGCCCAAGCUUGGUAGCCAAAAUUCAGUUGUAUUUUGGCGUGUUUCCGAAGAAAGUACUCCAUGACAAGUGCGAAUUAAACGGACUGACGAAGUCACUUAGCACCUUGCAAUCAAAAAGUGCCUGUAAUAUUCAUAAUAGAGUGGGAAACCAAUGUUCUGGUGUUGUUAGUAACGGCCGCUCUGAUUCAGAAGGCCUAAUAGGUACAGAAAGUAAACAAGACUGUCCGGAAACAGACGUGGAUGAUGAAACAGUUUCUUCGGAAUCUGAAACCGAAGCUAGUGAUUAUGUCGUUACUAAAUUGUUCUGGCAUUAUUUGUUCAUUGUUGGGACGGCAUUAGGUGACGAAAUAUUUUAUGCCUCCUUUAUUCCCUUUUGGUUUUGGAACAUUGAUGGUGCUGUCGGGAGACGAGUUGUUUUAGUGUGGGCAAUUAUAAUGUACAUUGGCCAAAGUAUUAAGGAUGUUGUUCGCUGGCCUCGUCCAUCAUACCCGGCCAUCAGAUUGCAAAAAAAGUGGGCACAAGAAUAUGGAAUGCCAUCGACUCACGCAAUGGUUGGUGUUUCCAUACCAUUUUCUGUUAUCCUGUACACAAUGAACCGGUAUCAGUAUUCAGUCGCUCUAGGACUCAUAGUUGCUGUCGUCUGGUGUACAGUUAUAUGUGUUAGCCGGCUGUACUUGGGAAUGCACUCCGUUCUAGAUAUUGUUGUCGGUCUUAUGUUAGCCAUAGCCUUGAUGUUUCCCGUAGUUCCCAUUGUGGACACUUUAGACCAUUAUCUUCUUACAAAUAAAUGGUCGCCAGGAUUUGUCAUGCUGGUGUCCAUAUUGGUGAUGGUGUUUUAUCCAAGCAGUGACAGAUGGACACCAACUCGUGGUGAUACAACUAUUGUCGUAAGUGUUUCUACUGGAAUUCUGAUUGGAGCAUGGUUAAAUUAUCAGCUUGGCAAUCUGUAUGAAUCAUCUUUGUCACCUCCAUACACCAUCAUUUGGCCUUCAUAUGAGAUGUUGGGAUUGGCAACACUGAGAACUGCUAUUGGGUUUUGUUGCUUGAUAGCUACAAGAGCUGUGGGGAAAUCUGCUUCAUAUGCCACGGUCUGUGCCUUACUUCGCCUCAGUUCUAAAGAAAUCAGAGAAUCGCAGUACAGCAUUGAAAACAAGCAGAAGAUUUUUGUCGAAAUAAGUUAUAAAUAUAUCACUUACUUUUUGAUGGGAAUUAACACAGCAUAUUUGUUACCAAAUGUUUUUCGCUUGAUAGGAAUAGAAAGGCCAACAUUUUAUACAGAAAUAUAGAUUUUUCAUGUUCCUUUGUGUACAUCACAGAUCUCAAAAAUAAUCUUUUAUGCAUAUGAUAAUGUUUUGUUGUCUCUAUCAUUUCUGUGACAAGAUACAUAAAAUUCAGUUAUAUUUAUAAUCCUCAGAUUCUCUUUGAAUAAUACUAAUCAUACUUGUUUUUGCCUCAAAAAUUUGCAUAGAAGACUGUAGAAACAAUUUUCUGUGAUUGGCACAGUUAGAUCUUCACAAUGUUUGUGAAAGGCUUUCCUUUUUUUAGUCUUUAUUGGCAGUUAGGAACCGUAAUCCUAGUCAUUAAAUUAUAGACAUAAUGAAGCUCCAAAAAAUUCAAAUUUCUGUUAACAUACUGUCUGUAUGCCUGCUGUUUAAUCAACUGCUUGUUUAUUGGUGCAUUUAUCUGCCAGUGGUAAUGUUGUUGUUGUUUUUUUGGAGCAUGUAUUUACAGAACAAGAAUUGCCUCAGUUCACAAGUAACAAGUUGAUUAUUUGUACUAAUCUGUAUGAAGGAAUAUUAACAUCUUAUUCGAUGAACAAUGAGUAUUAAAGCUAGGUUAAAUAUUAAAUGUUAUAGACUAUAAUGACAUGAUGAAUCACUGAUUUUCCUUUAUAUGUAGUCCAGUUUUUUGUAAUUAUUUGCAACCAUUUGACACAGAUGGUGUAUUUAGAUUAAUUUGUCAGAAUCUUGCCUCAGGAGCUAUAGCUGAUUGUUAAAACUGUGAUGCUAAUGCAUUUAAAUAUGUUGUAUAGAUUUUGCUGUAAUGACUAAGUUAUUUAUUUUUUACCUUGUAAGUAUUGGUGCAAUGUGAUCUUAUUGAAGGUGCCAACAUGAACAGUGUGGGGGAUGGUUUCUUUUUGUCAGCCUUUUGCUUUUUGACAGCAACCUCUACAGUUAAUCCAGCUUCUGUCGUAGAUUACAGAUCAUUCUCCAGAGAAGACACCUGUUCCUCUAGUUCAGUUUGUAUGACCUGCGAUGCUUCCAAUUCAGAUUUCAGGAGCAUGACCACUUAUCAGGAUCAAAUGAGGAUGUCCGUAUAGAACUGAAUUCUUCUUCUUCUGCAUUUCUUUCAGUGGGGAAUUUUCUGCUUUUAAACAGAGUAACUGCUUUUCUAAUUUAAAAAUGUUUUACUUUAAUGAAAUGUACCAUGGCUUUUUU